AUGGCGGCAGCACAGCACUGCGGCUUGGUCCACAGCACUGGGAACUUGCAGCUCGUUCACAUUACAGCUGACCGAGGAGCAGAGACCGGACUAGAAGUGGAGGAAGACUGGAGCCUUGAAGCUCAGGGAGCCAGUGGCACUCUGGAAAAUCCAGUGCUGGACACAAGCCUGCUUGAAGAAUUCUUGGGCAGUGACUUUGCUUUAGGAGCCUUGCAACAGCAGCUCCCUGACACCCCGCCUUACUCUGCUUCGGACCCACGCUCUCCUCCACAGCUCAAAGGCUCAUGCUGCCGGACCCCAAGGCCUACAGCAGGGAGGAUCCCAGCUACCUUCCUCCACUCCACCAUUGCACCCAGGCUAAUGCCUGAGCACCAGCACCCACCACAGAGCAUGUCCGGCCAAACCCACAGCAGCUAUCACAGCGGCUACCCGGAGUCCGGUCACCCUGCCACCUCCCGGCACCAAGCCGGGCCCUCCCGUCUGGGGAUGAGUUGCUCUUACCACCAGCAGCCUCUGUGCCACGUUCCUGGAGCCCCGCUUCCUCCGACAAAGAAGAGAAAGCAUGCGCAGAUACGAGAGGACUCCGGGGACUGCUGCGCGUGGGCCCACCACUUCAGACCAAUGACAAGUAGAACUCACAGCACCGAAGCGCAGGACCGUGACAGAGAGGGACAUAACGAGAUGCCCAUGGACCAGUGCUCUCCGGCUCUGAAAUGGCAGCCAUACCAAAGUGUUCCAUGGCACGGCUUAUUAAACAGUCAUUAUGAAAAGCUGCCUGACGUGGGCUAUCACGUUGUGACAGACAAAGGGUUCACUUUCUCGCCAGUAGAUGACGCUUUUGUUUGUCAGAAGAAGAACCAUUUUCAGAUAACCGUGCACAUCCAAGUCUGGGGAAGCCCGAAGUUCGUUAAAACCCAAAUGGGCCUACAGCCAAUAGAAAUGUUUUACUUGAAAGCUUUUGGAAUUAAGGUGGAAGCCGUCAGCCAGGUGGUUACUAUUGAGCAGUCCCAGGCAGACAGAAGCAGACAAGCUUUUGAGCCUGUUAAAAUUAACCUUCUGACUGACCAGGUUACCAAAGUAACGCUGGGACGAUUACACUUCGGUGAAACCACGGCAAACAACAUGAGAAAGAAAGGGAAGCCAAAUCCGGACCAGAGAUACUUCAUGUUGGUGGUUGGAUUGUAUGCUGCUAACCAAGACCAGUUCUAUCUGUUGGCUGCCCACAUCUCCGAAAGGAUCAUUGUAAGGGCCUCUAACCCUGGGCAGUUUGAAAAUGACAGUGAUGCAUUGUGGCAGCGCGGACAAGUUCCAGAAUCUGUCAUCUGUCACGGUCGAGUGGGAAUCAACACAGACGCACCUGAUGAAGCCCUGGUUGUCUGUGGCAACGUGAAAGUGACAGGGACCGUCCUGCAUCCCUCUGACGCCCGGGUGAAGGAGAAUGUCCAGGAGGUCGACACAAAUGAGCAGCUGAGGAGAAUAGCCCAGAUGAGGGUCGUGGAGUAUGACUACAAACCCGAAUUUGCAUCGGCCAUGGGGAUAAACAGUGCCCACCAGACAGGAAUGAUUGCCCAGGAGGUGCAGGAGAUCCUGCCCACAGCCGUGAGAGAUGUUGGGGGUGUCGCCUGUGGAGACGGGGAGACGCUGGAGAACUUCCUCAUGGUAGAUAAGGACCAGAUCUUCAUGGAGAACGUAGGGGCGGUGAAGCAGCUCUGCAAACUCACCAACAACCUGGAGGAGAGGAUAGAGGAGUUAGAAAUCUGGAACAAAAGGCUGGCCAGGCUGAAGCGCCUCAGCAGCAGCUGGAAGUCCUCCCUCAGUGAAGCCAGUUCCAUCAGCAAAUUUAGCAGAGCUGUUAGUAUAUCUUCACCAAGAAGGACCAUUUCCAAAAAACCCACCAAGGUCUCUUUCUCAGGAAGGAAACAAUCCUGUCCGAACUGGGUUUUCCAGACGUUGGUUAUAGCGCUAAUUGCUGUGAUGACGUUUUGUGCCUUGACAAUAGUUGCCCUCUACAUACUCAGCUUAAAGGUUCAAGACCAGCGCUUCCCAAGUCUCCCUCUGAGCAAUAUCUCAAGCUCUCCCAAACCAGCUCUGCCAUCCACAGCUCCCACUUCAGUUCCCCAUACAACUCUGGUGACCACACAGACCUCCCAUCAAGUGCCUGAAAUCACGUUCUGUGAGAUCCUGCCGUGUCAGGAAACUUUUUGCUGCCCCGUGUGGGGACCAAGAAUAUUAUUUUCAAGCCCUGCAGCACAAAGACAACUGGAGGCAGAGAGAGAAAUCCAACAGAGACAUUGGGCAGAAGACAAAAGCAAAUCAUUCCUGACAAGAAAUGCGCUUAUCAGCCCCAACUGGGAGAGUGACUGGAUUGAUACCACCAUCACUUCCAUUCAGAUUAUGGAAAUCCAGCAAAUGAUAGACCGCCGGUACUGCAGCAGGAUGCUCCACUGCGGGCCUGGACAUUAUAACUAUAAUAUUCCUGUUAAUAGAAACACACCCACCAACGUCAAAUUCUCUCUGGAAAUCAACACAACAGAGCCACUGAUAGUCUUCCAGUGCAAAUACACCCUCGGGAAUAUAUGUUUCCACAGUCAACGAGAAAGAGCCCAAAGCCAUGGAGAAGAGGCUCAGAUGACCCAGGGAUAUCAGCACAUUUGGAGCCUCCCAGUGGCCCCGUUCUCCGACAGUGCAUACCAUUUCCGAGUGGCUGCACCAGAUUUAGCGGACUGUUCGACGGAUCCUUUUUUUGCUGGGAUUUUCUUCACGGAUUACUUCUUUUACUUCUAUCGACGUUGUAACUAAUUUAUUCAAGUUUGAGGACUUUACUGAAGAAAAGCACUCAGAAAUACAGUUAACAGCGACCGGUAUUUCCUCUCCCAACGUCUUUUACCUUUCUGUCAAGCACUCGUAUUUUUGCUGAAGGACCCUUUCAGGCUUGGCUUCCAGUGGUUUCAAGGGUUAAUGAGGAGAAUAAAGUGUUUG